AUGGGCGUCGUGGUGGUCGGCAGCGCGAACGUCGACCUCGUCACCAACGCGCCGCGCUUUGCCGAGCCGGGCGAGACGCUGAUGGCGACCCAGUUCGAGCAGCUGUUCGGCGGCAAGGGUGCUAACCAGGCGGUGGCCGCCUCACUCCUCGGCAGCUCCGUGUUCAUGGUGGCCAAGCUGGGAACGGACAGCCUUGGGGAGGCCUCCAUCGCCAAUUUUCACUCCCUCGGCGUCGACACCUCGCACGUCACCACCACCGGCGCCGCCGCCAGCGGCGUGGCGCAGAUCACGGUCGCCGCGAGCGGCCAGAACCAGAUCCUCAUCGUGCCGGGCGCAAACGGCGAGCUCUGCGCCGCCGACAUCGACGCGGCGGCGCCCGCCUUUGCGGCCUCGCGCGUCCUGCUCACCCAGCUCGAGGUGCCCGUGCCGGCCACGCUGGCCGCGCUCAAGGCGGGUCGCGCCGCCGGCCUGACGACCGUCUUCAACUCGGCUCCGGCGCCGACCGAGCCGCUGCCGGACGAGCUGUACCCGCUGUGCGACGUGGUCUGCCCCAAUGAGACGGAGACUGCGCUGCUGACGGGCGAGACGGCCCUAGCGAGGAGCAUGCCGACCGACACGAUCGAGGAGUGCGAGGCUGCGGCGCGUGCCAUCCUGGCAAAGGGGUCCGGCGCGGUGGUGAUGACGCUCGGCGGGAGAGGCCGCCGCUGCAUGCUCGUGCUGCCUGGCCAGCCGGCGACGCACGUGCAGGUGCCGCCCCACCUCCGCGCCGAGAGCGUCGCCGACACGACUGGCGCGGGGGACGGGUUCCUCGGCGCGCUCGCUCACCUUAUGGCCUCGUGCGGCAAGCCACUCGCGGAGGCGCUGCCCGGGGCUGUCCACGUCGCGUCCAUCUCGGUGCAGCGGCGGGGCGCGCAGUCCUCGUACCCGCUCGCCGCCGAGCUGCCGCCGGACAUCUUCGGAGUCGAAGCCGGAGACGGCGAGCCCAAGGCGGCCCCUGCGCCGCUCGCCAAGCAGCAAACCGAGGCCGCGCCGCGCCGGUCGCACCACCGCUCCAGGCUCGCAGCGGCGGCCGGCUGGCACGCGGUGGACACGCUCGUCACGUCUGGCAUGGUGCUCGGGGUGGGCACGGGUGGCGCGGCCUAG